CAAUUCAUCAUACAAACACGGUUCGUGUGCCAAUUCAACAUCGAGGGUCGCGUGACGAGCGUGAACGCGCGUCUGUUGGCCGACACGAUCUACUGCGAGGAGACGGAAUUCUCUUAUACCUCUCGCGCGCCGAACAUCACGGUACCAUUCGCAGUGAUCUGGGGCGGCUCCAAACCCUUGGAUAAUCCGGACAAUAUACACCUUGUGAUAUACCGUUGCCGCGACAUGGCGGACAACUGCGGCAUGUGCCUGGCCCUGCCGACGAAGUACGGAUGUGGCUGGUGCCAGAGCUCGGACAGAUGCGAAGUGAAGGAUCAGUGCGACCGCGGCUUGGGCAUGUGGCUGAACAGCAACCAGACCUGCCCAAAUCCGGAGAUAAAAUCGUUUGAGCCGGUAAUGGGCCCCUGGGAGGGCAACACGAACGUGACGAUUCGCGGCAUCAAUCUUGGCAAGACAUUCAAGGACAUAGUUGGUGGCGUUACAGUGGCCGGCAUGAGAUGUCUACCUUACGAGGAACUUUACAUUCGAACGAAGCAAAUCGUUUGCCGAGUCGACGGACCUGGCACGCAGGAAGGCAGGAGCGGACCCGUUAUCGUCAAGAUCGAGGAUUUCCGCGGCGAAUCAGACUACAAUUUCGAAUUUGUGGAUCCACAAAUCCUCACGAUAUCACCCAAGUACGGACCUUUGAGCGGCGGUACCACUAUCAAGAUCACCGGUAAUUAUAUGAACGCCGGUAGUACCAUCCACGCUGACAUCGACGAGCUACCCUGCUCCAUAAUAAGUGCCGAACCCAACGAGGCUCUUUGCAUGACGAGUCCGAGCGAUCGAAAGAGGAGCGGCAUGCUAAAGAUGUCCUUUGACGGUGGCAAGCGUUUAUAUGACGGUUACUUCGAAUACGUCGAUGAUCCGACAAUCGAGAGCGUGGAGAGUGGCGUGGCCGGUCAGAUGAAGGUCCCAAAGGGGAUUCCGGCGGGUGGAAUAAAGAUCUCGGUGACCGGUAAGAACCUCGGCUACAUACAGAGCCCGCAAAUGUACGUCUACUACGACGAGAAGAUGUUCGUGUCGCAGUGCGAGGUGCACAGUCAGGAGAGCAUGGUGUGCAAGUCGCCGACCAUCGAAGUGCCCGAGCACAUAAUACUAGACGCCGAACGACCGCUUUCUCUCGAGUACGGUUUCCGCAUGGACAACGUCACCGGCGUGCAGAAUCUCUCGCAGCACGGCUUCAACCACUUUCUUCUGUACCCAAAUCCGAUCUAUGAAGUCUUCGACGAGGAAGUCAAGUAUUACAAGAGCGAUUAUUUGACGAUCAAUGGUCAACACCUCGAUCGUGCAUGCCAAGAGUCCGACGUGGUCGUGCAGAUCGGUAACGCCUUCUGCAACGUCACAUCCUUAUCGCGGCAACAACUCACCUGCCGGCCACCCUUGUCGCAACCGCCGGCUAUCGAUGCUCAGGGUCUGCCCAAUAAACAAGAGCUGCCGGAGGUAGUGCUGAUAGUGGGCGGUACGCUACGUUACAACAUCGGCAAGCUUAGCUACGCACUGCCAGCCGGGCUGAACGGGCCGUUGUCGAAACCCGCGCUCAUCGGCGUGAUCGCCGCCAUCGUGGUCUUAGUAUUCGUAUUCAUAGCGUUCCUUAUCGCCUAUCGCAGAAAAUCCACGGAGAGUAAUCGCGUGUUGAAGAAUAUGCAGGAGCAGAUGGACAUUCUUGAGCUACGAGUCGCUGCCGAGUGUAAGGAGGCAUUCGCCGAAUUACAGACGGAAAUGACUGAUCUCACAGGGGACCUCACCAGCGGUGGCAUACCCUUCCUCGAUUAUCGCACUUACGCGAUGAUGAUAUUAUUCCCCAGCGACGACAACAGUCCGGUACUGCAGUGGGACAGGCCAGAACUCGUACGAAAGGAGAAGGGAUUGCGCUUGUUCGGUCAACUGAUAAUGAACAAGACUUUCCUGUUGUUGUUCGUACGAACGCUCGAGAGCAAUCGUUAUUUCUCGAUGAGGGAUCGGGUUAACGUUGCCAGCCUAAUUAUGGUUACGCUACAGAGCAAAAUGGAAUAUUGCACGGACAUCCUGAAAACCUUACUGGCGGAUCUUAUCGAGAAGUGCACGGAAGGCAAGAGCCAUCCAAAGUUGUUCCUGAGACGAACUGAGAGCGUUGCUGAGAAAAUGCUGUCUGCUUGGUUCACAUUUCUCUUGUACAAAUUCAUGAGAGAAUGCGCUGGUGAACCACUGUACGUACUGUUUCGUGCGGUAAAACAGCAGGUCGAUAAGGGUCCUGUCGAUGCGAUUACAUCGGAAGCACGAUAUUCUUUGUCCGAAGAAAAAUUGAUCCGACAAUCUAUCGAUUUCAAGCCAAUG